GUAGAAUGUUACUGAUACUCCAUGUUACUCUCUUCACAGCAGUUCUCAGUCCUCACAGAAGUGCUGUUCGGCUUCCUGAUUGAGCCCAAAGAGGUGGAGCGGUUUCUGGCUCAGCUCUCUGAAUUUGCCACCAGCAAUCAGAUCAGUCUCGGCCCCCUCAGGAGCAUCGUGAAAAGCCUCCUUCUGGUUCCAAAUGGCGCCUUGAAGAAGAGCCUCUCAGCCGAGCAGGUCCGGGCUGACUUCAUCACUCUGGGUCUCAGUGAGGAGAAAGCCACUUACUUUUCUGAAAAGUGGAAGAAGAACGCCCCCGCCCUGGCUCAUCGGGCCGUAGGGCAGACUCUGAUGAUUAACCAGCUCAUAGACAUGGAGUGGAAAUUUGGAGUGACAUCCGGGAGCAGUGAACUGGAGAAAGUGGGAAGCAUUUUUUUACAAUUAAAGUUGGUGAUCAAGAAAGGAAGUCAGACUGAAAAUUUGUACAUAGAAUUAACCUUGCCUCAGUUCUACAGCUUUCUGCACGAGAUGGAGCGUGUCCGAGCCAGCAUGGAGUGUUUCAGCUGACUUCUGUCCCCCUGCCUCCCCUGCCCCCUUCCCUUCCCGGGGUGAAGGCUCCAGGGCACCUUGUUCUCAUCCCUGUGGGGCCCUCCAGUGACCCUUGGGAGCCCAGGUGCAAAGGUUUCUGCAAAACUACAGAAUUAAGUACUUAAAACGGCCUACACAACUACCCUGUAAACUCUUUGCUAAAAAACGUCCACCUCCUAUCUCCAGGACACAUUCAGACAGACUUCAGUAUCUUCCAUUCAGGGGAGGAAGUAAGUUGACCGACCUCCCCGGCAAACUCCAGUUGUGAGGAGUGGGGCCAUCACUCCAGACGCAAACCGCUCAAACCGGGCCGGCUACGGUGGCCCGCGGGACACCAGCGGGCACCCUGAAUGGCGCGUGGCCCCGGGCUGGGUGGUGGGGGUGCACCGCCUUCCAGCUUUUAGUGGGGAUCUGUGUGUGGACACAGGCGUGCUCCACUGUGAAAAGAACAAACGCUGAUCUGUCCCCAUUUCAGGUUCUGCCCUGUUGUUUUGUGAUUCAGUGGCCCUUUCAGGCUAUUCUGGCUUGUUUGGGUUCAGGCUGACUUUGGUUAGAUAAAAAGGUUCAGAAGAAAAGAUCUGCAUCCAGUUGUCUUUAUGUGUGGGUUAAACUAGGUGCUCUUUUUUCCAAGAUUUAUUUGUAUUUAUGCAUAUAAGAACUGGGGUGUAAGCCAGAGGUGGCGG